UAACCGCUUAAGUGUAUAUAUAAUAUUAUCUAGCUCGGCAGAUAAAACAAUGUCGCAGAUAUUUCGCCAGUACACGUACGACGACUCGUUCCUGAAGGUGUUCGUGGACAGCAGGCUGGCGAACGAGUACCAGAUCGCUCUGAUAUUCGCCAGAGACUACGACGAAUCCGAUGGCCCCACCAACGGAAUCUUCCGCAUCUACUGGGACCAGACCAAAAUCACUCCGUCUUCCAUCCUUCAGUUCAGAGAGAGCCUUCCCCAUAACGUCACCCUCAAAGUCUUCAUCUCCAUCGGAGAUCGCGAUGUUAAAUAUCGCUUCCGCCCUAUCGAUGCUCAGUCAUGGAUCUCCAACGCCACCGAAUCUCUCACCAGCAUCAUCCGUGACAACCUCUACGCCCUGACCCUCAAUCAAAUCGAAUUCGGACUCGACGUCUUCUACGAACACAUCGACGACAACGUCGAGCCAAACGGCUUCGCUCAGUGCAUAGGCCAGCUUAUCAGGAACCUCAAGGCGGCUAAAGUCAUAACCGCCGCUUCCAUCUCUCCGUCGUCCAGUCUUAACGACGACUACUACUCCUUGCUGAAUCGGAAGUUUCCCAGCCUUGUAGAUUUGGUGGAUUAUCAGUUUCAGAAUGAGAUAACUUCUGUGGACAGUCCCGUGCUCUUGGAGGAACGAUUCAGUGCUGUUUCCAGGUUCUAUCCCAAAAGGAAGCUUCUCGCUGGCUAUAGUGCCGAGAACGAGGACUGGACUAAUCUAUCACCCAUUGUCUUUUUUGUGUUUGGUUCAAGACUCUUCAAUAAGAGAGAAUCAGUUGCGGGUUUCUCCAUUAUCUACCAUGAUUUUGUUAAUCGCAUUUCUUCGCCGUCAUCGGUCUCGCCUCCUUGAUUGUGCGUGCCGGUGGAUGUGUGGAUAUUUAUAUACAUUCACGUAUGCAUGUACGUGUGUGCACCUGGAGAAGAAACAACAUUUCCAUGGGUCCUUCAAAAGCCUGAAUGUAUUAAUCAAUAUAUAUACAUAUAUAUAUAGUGCUCCUCCCUUUGCCAA